UGUUGGGAGUUGUCUGCCAAUCAGCGCGAAGGAGGGGGAGGGAAGAAAGCGGGUGGGUAGCAACAGUUGCCCCGGUGAGGACGAAGCGCCAUAGCCACGGUAGCCCUGGCGACAAGAACCCAGCAACGAGAAUCAACAACAACAGCCUGAAUCCUUGAAAAAAAUUAAAACAAAAAUACCGGUGGGAAAUUCACUCGGAAUCAGAGUGUCUGAGUCCCAGUUCUCGUGAUGGCCACGACAGGCUACGUGGAGGAGUUGCAGCCCGUGACGACCCAGCCCCAAGGGGCAGCAGGUGGGAGUGUGACGGUGGCCGGACAGUCCUCCACCUCAGCCUCCGCUGCCCCACACACGGUGGUAGCUCCUACGCAGCAGUUCCUGGCCGAGCUUCAGACCACGGUGGUGGAUCCUCCCACCGCUGCAGCCGCAGCAGGACAAACCACACCUCCUGCACAAGCCACUCCCACAGCGGCACAGAAGACAGCAGUUGUCCAGGUGGCACCCACACAGGGUCCUCCCCCCCAGACCCAGUAUGUGACGGCUGAGAUCCAGGGUUCCUCGUCACAGGCCAACAACGCCCAGAACAUCCCCCAGUACAUCGUAGUCACCGUCACAGAGGGCUCUCUCCAUUCAAGUGACUCUGUGUCUGACUCCAGCUCUCCUGCAGCUGUGGUACAGCAGACUGGGGUUCCCACACAGGUGGUGCAGCAGGUGCAAGCAGCACAGCAGAGGUCAGUGGUGCAGGCAACUUCCCAGACCACAGCCAAGACUGAACAGGGCACCACCCAGCUGAGUGUCACCAACCUGCAGCCUGUCCACCUCACUCAGGAGAGUUCGCAAAGCAAACAGAGUGAGAGGGAUGAGGCAGACGUAGGGAGAGACCGAGAGGUAGAGGAGGAGUGGACAACAGCAGAGCAGAGCAGGACAGACACACAGUACUUUGCAUGGGUGCCGUCAGACAGACACACAGACAUGCAGACAGACGGACACAGCCUCCAGGAGUACCCCUCCUACAUCCCCCUCUCCCUUCCCCUGGCCUUCCCUCCCUUCGCCUUGCCCCUGUCGGUGCUCUCGCUGGGCUGGGAGGGGAUGGAGAUGGGAGGCUACCCCGCGGUCACCACAGCCCAAGGACAACCACUCCUGUUUGACGCAGCCUCUGCCCUCAGAGUGCAGCAGCAGCUCCAGCAGGUGCCAGUGCAGCAUGUGUACACCAACCAGGUGCAGUAUGUUGAAGGGGGAGACAACAACUACACCACCAGCACCAUUCGUUCAGGCAGCUUCACCUACACAGACACCCCUCUGUACACCCAGACCACCGCUGCCCCUUACUACGAAGCCCCUCCCACCUCUGGCUCACAGGUCACCACCACCGGCACACCCCUGACCGUCUCCGUGACAACGGGCUCUGCCGGUGGUGUGUCUAUGUACGUGGCUGGCACAGGCCAGAUCGUGGCCAAUCCGGCAGCUGCCGCUGGGGGCGGGGCGACAGUGGUGGCGACAGGGGGAACAGCCAAUGGGGCUGGGGAAGGGGCGGGGGCUAAUGGCAGCGGGGGCAGCUAUGUGAUCCAGGGGGGGUACAUGCUGGGCGGCAACAGUCAGGGGGGAUACUCCUCCCACAACGCCCGCUCCUCUCCUGCCACCGUUAGUAUAACAGAGGGCGAGGAGGGUAGCGGCGUACCGUCAGCAGACAAAAAGGUGCAGUGGCUGCUAGAUAACUAUGAGACAGCUGAAGGGGUCAGUCUGCCUCGCUCCACCCUCUACUGCCACUACCUGCUGCACUGCCAGGAGCAGAAGCUGGAGCCCGUCAACGCUGCCUCCUUUGGGAAGCUGAUCAGAUCUGUGUUCAUGGGGCUACGCACGCGCCGCCUGGGCACCCGGGGGAACUCCAAGUACCACUAUUACGGCCUGAGGAUCAAGGCCUGCUCCUCUCUGAUCAGACUGAUGGAGGACCAGCAGCAUCUGGCCAUGAGACAGCAGCCCUUCUCUCAGAAACAGAGGUUGAAGCCGGUGCAGAAGGUGGAGGGGAUGACCAAUGGCAUGGCAGCAGGCUCGGGCCAACAGCAGCAACAGCAGCAGGGGGCGGGGCUCUCUGACAUCAGCGCCCAAGUGCAGCAGUACCAGCAGUUCCUGGACGCGUCCCGGACCCUCCCAGAGUUCCCUGACCUUGACCUGCAGGGGAAGGCCCUACCGGAGGGCAUAGAACUGGAGCACAUCAAGAGCUUCCAGCUGCUGUAUCGGGAACACUGUGAGGCUAUUCUGGACGUGACGAUCAACCUGCAGUUCACCCUGGUGGAGACCCUGUGGAAGACCUUCUGGAGGUUCGAAGAGAGCCAGAGUGGAGACACUGGCACACUGGCUGUACAUGAUGAGUCUGAGAAGCGCCUGCCCAAGGAGUGUCUAGUGAUCCUGUGUAAGUACGACCCUGUGCUCCGCUGGAGCCGCGACUGUGACAACACCCUGUACCAGGGCCUGGUGGAGAUCCUCAUCCCCGAUGUGCUGCGGCCCAUCCCCAGUGCCUUAACUCAAGCCAUCCGCAACUUUGCCAAGAGUCUGGAGAGCUGGUUGACCAACGCUAUGAUGAACAUCCCAGAAGAGAUGGUCCGCAUCAAGGUGACGUCGGCCAGUUCGUUUGCCCAGACGCUGCGCAGGUACACCUCUCUGAACCACCUGGCCCAGGCAGCCAGGGCCGUGCUACAGAACACAGCUCAGAUAAACCAGAUGCUCAGCGACCUCAACCGUGUCGACUUCGCCAACGUUCAGGAGCAGGCGUCGUGGGUGUGUCGCUGUGAGGACCGUGUGGUGCAGCAGUUGGAGCAGGACUUCAAGCUGACCCUGCAGCAGCAGAACUCUCUGGAGCAGUGGGCUGCCUGGCUGGACGGGGUGGUCUCCCAGGUCCUAAAGCCCUACCAUGCCAGCGCCGCCUUCCCCAAGGCCGCCAAGCUCUUCUUGCUCAAGUGGUCCUUCUACAGUUCCAUGGUGAUUAGAGACUUGACUCUGCGUAGUGCUGCCAGCUUCGGAUCCUUCCACCUGAUCAGACUGCUAUAUGAUGAGUACAUGUACUACCUGAUAGAACACAGAGUGGCCCAGGCUAAAGGAGAGACACCCAUCGCUGUCAUGGGAGAGUUCGCCAGUCUUGGCAGGAGUUUGAACCCACUGGAUCCAGACAAAGAAGAGGAAGAGGAGGAGGAAGAGGAGAGCGAUGACGAGUGUCAGGAGCUGUCUCUGCCCUCUGACGGGGCGGGGCUGGGGGAGGAGUCUCUGGAGCCGCCUACCAAGCUGGCUAGAACCGACCAGAGAGUACUCUUCACCACGGGCCAGGACUGAUCACACACACACUGAUACACACAUGCACAAACACACAUCCAUUCACAGACGUACACACAUGAACACAUUGAUUGAUACACAUUUGUAUACACACAUACACCAAGAUACACUAAUAUGUACACUAGAGGUUGACACAGGAGUGAAAAUUCAUUCCUGUUCCUGUGGAUUGUCGAUCCUGUCCUGUCCCGAACAUGACUCUAGAACUUGACUCCCAUUCCUGACAGACCUGUUCCCGUGUCAACCUCUAAUGUACAGUUUCUACACACAUUUGAGUGUAGAUAAUGUACACACACACACACACAGUCCCAAUAAGGUCUGUAUGGCACAAAUCUGCUGUAAGCACAGAUACCACACAUGCAUGGAUGGGCACACAAUCAUCGGUCCAGCGUUGCUGGACAAAGGCCACAGGGUGAACUUACACACACACACACACACACACCGACCCAAGGACUGAAGAGAAAGUGUUUGUUGUCACUUGGAUGGAUCUGUGUAUUGAACAAGGACCUCCAUGUUUCUCUGUAUUGGUGUCACUGAAUGCCAAACAGGGCAGCGCAAUGUACAUGCCAACCUGGGCUACCCUUCCAACAACUGUCUGCUGUACCAAGGUGGUCCUGAAGAUAUGACUGUUAACAGUUCAUCCUCCCUUACCCAACCCUUCAGUAUAGGGAGGAACGGAGGGAGGAAUAGGAUGAAAGAGGAAAUGGCUGCUUACGAUUCUGCAGUUCUAGGUGGUCCAUUUAGCUGUCAAUCAAAGCCCAAGAGCCAAUCAGAAGGAGAUGGGGCCUGUGGGUGACAGCAGAUAGACUGUAAAGGGAGUUGUUGUGUGUGUGUGUGUUUUUGAUGCCGUGUGUGUGUGUGUGCACUGGGGUUCCUACUGCUGUGCUAUAUUUGUAGUGUGAGAAUGAACAUGCGUUGAUUUUUGUGAUCGUGUGUGUGUGUCUUGUAACGUGUGUCUGGUUGUACGAUAGUUGAGUCUGUGCUUCAGAAGAAGUGUUGACUGUAUAUUUGGUGGAUAUUUUCAAAGGCAUUCAAAAUCAUUUGGGGCGAAUUUUUUAUUUGCUGUUUUCCUGAAAAAGAGUGUCAGGGUUUUGGGGGUUCCUGUCACAACCACUCACACACAAAAGAUAAAACCCUGGUUUAAAGGCAUUUCCAUGUCAACCCCAUGGAUGUGGAAAAGUAGUCCCAUAAUUUCUCUCACCUGCAGUGUCCCUCUGCCUCUGCUGAAUGUGCAGUUCUGUAAAGGGCUCAGUUCAAUAUAUAUUCCUGUUUGUGUGUUCAAGUGCUUCAUUGCCAUCUGUUUUAUUGGUUUCUGUUGAGACCUUUGUGGCCUCUUGUUGUCCACACGUCAUUGCUCCAGCCUUAUUUUAUUUUUUAUGUUUGUUUGUCUUUUUCUUUUCUGUGCCAAACAUUGCUGAUUUCAAAUAAUUACUUUGUUUGUUUGUUUACAUGUUCCAAGAAGGACUGUGCUGGACUGAGUUAAGAUGUGAUAAUAUUGAUAAUAUAAUUAUAUAUAUGUGUGUCACUCUAUUUCCUUUUCAUUGUCACAAAGUGAACCUUCCUUUGUCUGGUGAUGUGGAGUCAGUCUGUCACACACUAGGUAUAUUUUGUGUGUAUGUGUAUUUACUGAGAUUCGUUAUUGAUUGUGUACGUUUGAUUUCAGUUCUCCUCAAGUGAGCUCUCCAUACAUACACAGGCCUAGGGUCCUGCUUCGUUUGCCCAGUCACCGUCAAUGACUGUCCUUUAGAUGGUCAGAUAUCAGUAGCCUGGUCCCAUAUCUGUUUGUACUAUCUUGCCAACUCCUGGUGUGACAAUGACCAUAGAAGUUGGUGAGACAGCACAAACCAAUCUGGGACCAGGCUAGAAUAUAACAGUUCUGCCUAUUUAUCACAGACCAUCUCCACUUCGAGAUCCCUAUAGAUCUCUUCCAUGUACAGUACUGUAUAUCUGUGUCUGAUGGAAUCGCAGGGAACAGGUGUAAGGUACUCUGAGAAAGACCUUACAGUCGGUGCCAUUGCUGUAUGGGUUUAGCCUGGUCCCAGCACAAACAGAUCUGGGAUCAGGUCUGAAUGUGAAACGAGACAGGAGAACCACAGUCACCUUAUCUUCCUCUACAUGUCUCACUCGUUUCCUUCCUUCCUGCCAAUGUUUUUCUGCUGUUUUUUGUUAAAGCCAUUUUCUUAGAACAUUGUCCACCACUAUCGGUUCAGUUGUUGAACAUGUAUUGUUUGAACAUUUCAUUACAUUUAAGUGUCACAAGAAAGUUUUCAAAGGCUGCAAUGCAUGUCUUGAGCACGCAGCGUGGACCUCUAAACCAGCAUGUUUUACCCUCUGGGGCGUCUGCUGCUACCACAGCUGUUGACAUAUCACUCCGAUGUCCUGCGGAUCUCCCUAUACACGAUGGCCAUUCUUUUCCAGACAAAAAUGUUUUGUCAAUUUUAUAGUGUUCAGUUUCUUAUUUCUAAAAACAAAAACGGUAUUGUGUGGCAGUGUUUUAUGAAUUUGGUCAACUACAAGUAUGACUGUGCCUUUGGGAGGUUGUAGAAUGCACUUCAAAUGUUUUUAAUUUUAAAGAUAUAAAAUAAAUUAAGAAUUUUUAAAAUUG